CGCCACACGGAGUAGUAGCAGAAGAGUGGAGGACGGACUUCACCAACAUCGCGGAAAGCGGAGGAAAGAGGAGGAUAAAAGACGGAAAGAACUGCUUUUGUUUUUAAUUAACGCAGGAGGUGAUGGCCGACAGCCGCGUGUUUCCCGUGUGGCGGGGGAUCGGGGCCGGCGUCGGAGGAGGAUGGAGUCAAGGCUGGGGCCGCUGCUUGCGAUGGGAGCCCCCCGCCCAGGCCGAUGGGGCCCGCCUCCCGGUGUCCGAGUACCCUGUGUGGUUGGUCAUCUGCCGGGGUGGGCGAGCCCGGCUCAGCGAGGUGUGCCAGAGAGGGAGGGGCGCCAUCAAGCUGCCCACAAACAUGUUCGACAUCACCUUCCCGCCUCUUUUCCAUGCCCAUCAGAUUCCCGAGGUGUUCCGGGAGGAAGGCAUCGUGUCCGGGUACCGCCACCCGCAGAGCUCAGUGCUGGACUGCCUCCUCAGCAGCUUCCACAUGAACAACGAGACGGUCAACAUCUGGACGCACUUCCUGCCAACAUGGUACUUCCUGUGGAGGCUGGGAGUCCUGUGCUGCACCACCAACUUCCUGACUGACAGCUACACCUGGCCGCUGCUGGUCUACAUGCUGCUCAUUUGCAUAUACCCUAUCACCUCCUGCUUGGCGCACACCUUCAGCACCAUGUCGCAGGAGUCCCGACACAUCUGCUACUUCUUCGACUACGGCGCGCUCAGCCUCUACAGCCUCGGAAGUGCUAUUAGCUAUGGUUGCUACGUGAUGCCAGACAGUUGGGUGAACAGUUGGCUCCAUCAGCACUUUGUGCCCAUUGCCUUUGGCAACUCUUUGUUCUGCACCAGCCUGUCCUGCUACUCACGGUCCUUGGAGGUCUAUUCCCCAAACAAAAGCAAAGUGUUGAGGACCACUGCCUUUGUCGUUCCCUUCAUCUUUGACAACCUUCCUGUUUUCUACAGGCUCCUCCUGUCCUGUGGGGGGAGCUCCAACCCGAGCGAGGAGGACCUCAGCCACACCUACCAGGUGUCCUUUGCCCUCCUCACCUGCUUCCUCUUCACCUCGCACCUCCCUGAGAGGCUGGCGCCCGGACGCUUCGACUACUUUGGCCACAGCCACCAGCUGUUCCACGUGAGCGCCGUGGUGGCCACGCACUUUCAGAUGCAGGCCAUCAUCGGCGACAUGACCUCGCGGAGGGGCUGGCUUGUGGCGCAGGGAGCCACGCCCUCCCUCCAGGGCACCGCGGGGGUGCUGGUGGUCAGCCUGCUCCUCAACUUGGGCGUCAUCGCCAUCUUCAGCGCGCCGCUGCUCUGGAGGUCAUGCCGGACGCCGCGUGGCGACAUCAAAGAGCAGUGAGGGCGGGGGCCUGAUGGGUCUUUCUUGUGUCAGUCAAGCGCUGAAGAUUCAGUGAGCUGGACACUUCACUCUGUGACCAACUGGUCGGCGCCAGAGAGCUUCUUCCUAGAUGAUUUUCCAUGGGAACACAGCAAAAUAAUAAGACUACAUCCAUCCAUCCAUUUUCUACCGCUUUUCCUUUCGACUACAAUUCCACUCAAAUGUCCAGUUUGCUGCCAAAACACAAGGAAUUCACCACUUAAUCCAUAUCUUGGACCUCUUUUACGUCAUAAAAAUAUAUAUAUUAGAGCAACUUUUUAAGGCCUAAAAAGUGAGUUUUUUUAAAUUAUAUUUUAAAAAUUAAAACUAUUUUGUCAUGAGUUUUCAGACUAAUACUAAUAUUUUUAAGGAUUUUGCCGUUUUUAAGGUCAAUAUUGCAUAAUGAUAAAGUUUACGUAACUAACUACCUUUUUAUACAUGUUGCUGGUAAAACACUUAGACACACUUACACAUUUGUAUAAUUACUUAUACACUUACACACAUUUAUAAUUACUUACAUACACACUUACAUCUUAUACACACACAUUUUAUACACACACAUUUUAUACACACCCUCACAUCUUAUACGCACUCAUACAACACUUAAUACACUUUUACACACAUAUAAACACAUACUGUACUUACACACUUACAUAUUAUACACACUUACAAACACUCACAUGACACAUAUACACUUAAGACAUCAAAUUCUUACACUCACUUUUACACACAUUUAAACACAUACUGUACUUACACACUUUUUAUACACUUAGACACACACACACCAAACAUAUACAUAAACUCUUAAACACACUUUUACACACGUAUAAACCCAUAUUGUAAUUACACACUUACAUAUUAUACACACUUACACACGUAUACACAACACAUACAUAAACUCUUACACACACUUAAACACAUACUGUACUUACACACUUUCAUAUUAUACACACUUAUACACAUAUACAUAAACUUUUACACACAUAUAAACACAUACUGUACUUAUACACACAUAUUAUACACACUUAGACACACCCACACCAAACCUACACUCUUAAACACACUUUUACACACAUAUAAACCCAUAUUAUACACACUUACACACAUUUACACAACACAUUCAUAAACGCAUACACUUUUACAGACAUAUAAACACAUACUGUACUUACACACUUGCAUAGUAUACACACUUACACACACAACACAUAUACACUUAUAAAUAAACUCUUACACACACCUUUACACACAUACUGUACUUAAACACACAUAUACACACUUAGACACACACACACCAAACAUAUACAUAAACUCUUACACACAAUUAUUCAAACAUAUAAACACAUACUGUACUUACACACUUACAUAUUAUACACACUUACAAACACUUACAAACACUCACAUGACACAUAUACACUUAAGACAUCAAAUUCUUACACUCACUUUUACACACAUUUAAACACAUACUCUACUUACACACACUUUAUACACACUUAGACACACACACACCAAACAUAUACAUAAACUCUUAAACACACUUUUACACAAGUAUAAACCAUAUUGUAAUUACACACUUACAUAUUAUACACACUUACACACAUAUACACAACACAUACAUAAUCUCUUACACACACAUUUUACACACAUUUAAACACAUAAUGUACUUGCACACUUACAUAUUAUACACACACAACACAUGUACACUUGUACAUAAACUUUUACACACAUAUAAACACAUACUGUACUUACACACUAUACACACAUUAUACACACUUAGACACACCCACACCAAACCUACACUCUUAAACACACUUUUACACACGUAUAAACUCAUAUUAUACACACUUACACACAUUUACACAACACAUUCAUAAACUCUUACACUUUUACAGACAUAUAAACACAUACUGUACUUACACACUUGCAUAGUAUACACACUUACACACACAACACAUAUACACUUAUACAUAAACUCUUACACACACCUUUACACACAUAUAAACACAGACUGUACUUAAACACACAUAUACACGCUUACACACACAACACAUAUACAUAAACUCUUACACACACCUUUACACACGUAUAAACACAUACUGUACUUACACCCUUGCAUAUUAUGAACACUUACACACACAACACAUAUACACUUAUACAUACAUAAACCUUUACACACAUAUAAACACAUACUGUACUUACACACUUGCAUAGUAUACACACUUACACACACAACACAUAUACACUUAUACAUACAUUCUUAUACACACCUUUAUACACAUGUAAACACAUACUGUACUUAAACACACAUAUACACACUUAUACACACACUCACACACACACACACCAAACAUACAUAAACUCUUACACACAAUUAUACAAACAUAUAAACACAUACUGUACUUACACACUUACAUAUUAUUUACACAGCACAUAUACACUUAUACAUAAACUCUUAUACACACUUUUACACACAUAAACACAUUCUGUACUUACACACUUAUACGGACAUACUGUAUGCACACACUUACACUCAUACACACACGUGCACACACUCUUAUACACACACUUACACACGUCUGAGUGUUUGUAAGAAACUUGAAAGUGACUUUAGGACUGUGAGAUGUCACGUAAACACACACAAACAUACACACAUAUCUAUACACACAUACAGUACUGUAUAUACUCACUAACAGUAUAUACAUACUUGCAGUAUACACACAUACAGUACUGUAUAUACUCACUAACAGUAUAUACAUACUUGCAGUAUACACACAUACAGUACUGUAUAUACUCACUAACAGUAUAUACAUACUUGCAGUAUACACACAUACAGUACUGUAUAUACUCACUAACAGUAUAUACAUACUUGCAGUAUACACACAUACAGUACUGUAUAUACUCACUAACAGUAUAUACAUACUUGCAGUAUACACACAUACAGUACUGUAUAUACUCACUAACAGUAUAUACAUACUUGCAGUAUACACACAUACAGUACUGUAUAUACUCACUAACAGUAUAUACAUACUUGCCGUAUACAUAUAGAUAUGCACGUGCACACACAUAUACAUUUAGGCCACAAUAUUGAGCCACAACUCAGUGAUAACAAGUUGUUGGUGUAUUAUAUAUAAAAACACUUGAAGCCACGUCAAGUUGCUAAAUCUUGCUUUCAGUAAAAAUUAAAUUCCUGCCGGGAUUUUUCUUAGUGUUGUUGCUGCUUGUGUUGUAAACCUUGUUGGGAUUUUUCACUGGAAACGUGACAACAACAAACUAGCUAAAAGGUGCUUUUCCAGGUUUUCUACUUUUGAUGUAACAAUUUGAAUGUAUAAAUAACUUUGUGUAUAUCAUGUGUAAUUUAUCCACUAGAUUUGUCUAAUAAAUUAAUAUUUAAAAAAGAAAAA